AUGACCGAAUACAUGGACUUCCGUGCGGCCUCCAAGACCAACAGACAGCUCUGCGACCUGGCCAAACUGAUCACCCUACGCCGGUUGCUACAGAGGUCUACAGAGACUAUUCGAUCGCAGCGAGGCCCGCGACACGAACAGAUCUCGGAGCUCACUCGAUGCCGUGUUCCACCAGUGUUCGACAUAGUCCAGUUCGUCCGUCCUGAGCUUCGCACGGGCUGGACUGAAUCGUCCAAUGCGUGCCGAAACUUCUUAUAUGCUAGCCCUACAGGAGUAUACAUCAUUUUUGCUGUCCAGAUCAAACUGUAUCUGGACGAUACCAAGGGAUACGGCCAUACCAAGCUGCAUCGCAUCUGGGAUAAUCUCGGCGAUAUCCCUAGAUUCGAGAACCUGGGUAUCAAUGGAUUCACCCUGCGUGCUCCAAGAAUCAAGGCUCGUAAGCGCAAGCGGGAAGAGAGUCCGCUGUCAGAGGACAUCUUUGAAGACAUGGAGUACGGAGACAGUGACGGGCUUGGGGAUUACGAGGACCCCAAUGAUAUCUCAGAAAUUGACUGGCAUGACAGUACCUAUCACUUACCAGACUCUAAAACAUGGGCGUUAUAA